AUGUCUCUGUCCCUACCCUCAACUAGUAACUUUGAAAGUCAUGAAGCACUCAUUAAUCAUGUUCAAACCUAUGCCUUGAGGCAUGGAUAUGCUGUGAGCAUCAAACGUUCUGAGCGAGAAAAAUUUGUCUAUUUGCAGUGUGAUAGAGGCAGUUAUUACAUUAAUCGAUUGAAUCUCACUGAUGAAACUCACCAAAGAGCCACAAGCACAAGGCUAAUAGAUUGUCCUUUUGAGCUAUAUGGCAAGAAGAUGAAAGAUAGUCAAUGGCAUUUAACAAUAAAAAAUAAAAGGCAUAAUCACGAAGCAUCACAAGACAUCUCAGGCCAUCUGUCAAGUUGCCGAUUAAAUGAAGAAGACCAGCAAAGAGUUAGAGAAAUGUCUACGGCAGGUGUUCGCCCUCGUGAAAUACUUUCUACUCUUCGCCAAGAUGAUCUGGGUAAAUUGGCAAUCUUAAAAACUAUCUAUAAUGCUAGGGAUAAAAUUCAUCGUGAUAAUCUUCAGGGUCGUACACCAAUUCAAGCUCUUCUUGAUGAACUUGUAGAAGAAAACUUUGAACAUAACUAUCAAUGUGAUCAAAAUGACAAUUUAACCCAUCUCUUUUUUGCAUAUUCUAAAUCAAUUGCCCUUAAUCGUGUUGCUCACAUUUUCGGGAACGUUCCAAAGCCUAAAGUUAUUAUAACAGAUCGUGAAUUAGCCUUAAUGCAUGCUGUAUAUACUGUGUUUUCUGAAUCUCAAAAUGUUUUAUAUGUUUGGUACAUUGAAAAAAAUGUGCUGACUAGCUGUAAACGCCACUUUCAAAUAAAUGAUGAAUGGAUUGAAUUCAUGGAAUGCUGGUCUAACCUCAUAAAGUCUCAAACUGAGGCUGAUUUUGAUAGUAACUGGGAAGGGCUG